CCUAUUCCUGUCUGCACACAGCCGUAACAUGACAUUUUCAAACCAAUGAUGCGUAAUCAUGGUUGCAUUAUCCAGCUCUCUUUGUGGUUACAGUGGCUUGCAAAAGUACAAAAGAAUUCAAGUUACAAAAUAGCUGGAAUAGCUGUAGUCAGCUAUAUAAGCACUCCUCCCAUGUGGUUAUACUUCAGUCUUCGGGACAGACGCAGACACUGAGACAGCUUGUUUUUAGUCAAGAUGAAGUUGCUUCUAGUUGUUGCUGCUGUUCUGGCUGUAUCCAGCUGUGGCCGCAUGUCUCUGGAAGACAUGGAGUUUCAUGCCUGGAAGCUCAAGUUUGAAAAAUCCUACGACUCUCCAUCAGAGGAGACUCAAAGGAAGCAGAUCUGGCUCAACAACCGUAAACUUGUGCUAAAGCACAAUGCUUUGGCUGACCUGGGUUUGAAGUCCUUCCGCCUUGGGAUGACCUACUUUGCUGAUAUGGAAAAUGAAGAGUACAAAAAGCUGGGCUGUCUUGGCUCCUUCAAUGCCUCUCUGCCUCGCCAUGGUUCUACCUUCAGACGACUGCCUAAAGGUACAGUCCUGCCUGACACUGUUGACUGGAGGAAACAGGGAUACGUCACUCAUGUCAAGGAUCAGAAAGAAUGUGGGUCCUGCUGGGCCUUCAGUGCAACUGGUGCACUGGAGGGUCAGUACUUCAAGAAGACAGGAAAGCUGGUGUCUCUGAGUGAGCAGCAGUUGGUGGACUGCUCUCGUAAAUUUCGCAACAAUGGCUGUGAAGGAGGAGAACCGCACUGGGCCUUUCAGUACAUUCGAUACAAUGGAGGUCUUGACACUGAGGAGUCCUACCAUUAUGAGGCUAAAGAUGGACAAUGCCAUUACAACCCUGAUUCUGUUGGUGCCAAAUGCAGUGGUUAUGUUAAUGUGAGUCCAUUUGAAGAUGCCCUGAAGGAGGCUGUGGCCACCAUCGGACCAAUAUCUGUGGCCAUUGAUAUUUCUCGUGUGUCGUUCCAACUCUACCAUUCAGGAGUGUAUGAUGAACCUUGGUGCAGCAACAUAAACUUGAACCAUGCUGUGCUGGCUGUGGGUUAUGGUACUGAGAAUGGACAUGACUACUGGCUGGUCAAGAACAGCUGGGGUAGUGAAUGGGGAAACAAGGGAUACAUUAAGAUGACCAGGAACAAAGACAACCAGUGUGGGAUUGCUACUGAAGCAAGCUACCCUCUAGUCUGAAGAAGUGGAAGCAAACUCAUCUGCAUCUUUUUUCUUCUGCUUUGACCAAAAUUUUGUUUAAAAUGCCAUUUUAACAUAAUAAACUUCUGCACAUUUAAAAUAUGUAUGCAUUCUACAGUUUAAUCACUGUGUUUUCUUUAAAAAAAAUAAUUAAAUUAAUCAGAUUAUAUAAGACAGUA